AUGCAGGCCCCAAUGAAAGGAAGACGGGAUAAUUCAUUUAUAGCAGCAAGCCAACAGGCAAAAAAAAAAAAGGGGGAGCUAGAAGGCAAGCCUUUUAAGAAAGAAAAGAAAUAUACACGGGAGAAAAAAAAGAAUUAUUGCUCUGAUACAAAAGUAAAUCAAGAUAUCAAGAAGGGAAAAAAAAAACAAGAUCAGGCGAAAAAAAGAAGUAAAAGCGAGGCACUCCAUUGGGAAAGCAGCACACCAGAGAAAGAAAACGGCAAAAAGAAAGCAAGCCAGUCCACCGCCCCCCCAUCCAAGUCCAGCCGCGUGUACUCCGUACAAAAGAGAUUCGUCGUAGUCGUCAUUGAUAUAAAACCAACCUAG